GGACAGAGGGUGACAUCCCCAUCUGGGGUGGUGGCACCGUGGUGGGUGGCUUCAGCCCCGUGGAGGGUGGUGGCCCCCUCUGGGGUGACAUCCCGCCCACGGUGACGUCCCCAUGGAGGGUGACAUCCUCCCUGGAUUGACAUCCCCACCUGGGGUGACCUCCUGGCACGAGGGGAUGUCCAUGGCGCAGCGACGUCCCCUGCUAGGGUGACAUCUCAGGGGUGAUGUCCUGGUCUGAGCUGACAUCCUGCCCAGAGUGACGCCCCCCCCGCCCCGGGUGACAUCUUUGGUGACGUCACACGUUGAGAGUGACAUCACGGCUGAGGGUGACGUCCCACGGGAGUCACGGCUGCACCCAGUCGCUCUGUCCCCACGGGGGGACCUGCGCAUGCGCCAACGCCUGCCCGGGGCCGCCGCGCAUGCGUAUCCGCGUUCAGCCGGAGCCGGCCUCGCCGGGAGUGGGCGUGACCUAGAUCGGAAGCCCCGCCCCGUGCCCUAUUAGGGGCGUCCUCGUCGCCCGGGCACCCUCCGCGGCCCCGCCCCCGGGAGGCCCCGCCCCCUCGCCAUGCGGAAGGGCGCCGGAGGUUCCCGCCGCUCCCGGCCCGCGGGUUCGGGUCCCGCUCCCGGUCCUGCCGGGGUCCCGCUCCCGGUGCCGGGGCCCGGGCUCUGCCCGCGGUCCCGCCGCUGUACCCGGCCGCUGUUGCCGCUCUUGGCGCUGGCGACUGCCGCCGCACUCCUCUACGUCGCCUGGCCCAGCGCGGAACGGGGCACUGGCUCGCCCCUCUCUGGCCCCCCCUCAGAGCUGGCUCUCCGGGCGCUGCUGGGGCAGCUGGAUGGCAGCCGCCUGUGGGACACCUUCCUGCAGCCCCUCCUGCGGGAACGGGUGCCGGGUGGGCCCGGAAGCCGUGUUGCCCGCCAGCACAUUGUGGAGUGCUUGGGUGCCCUGGGGGCUGCCUGGCACGUGGAGCUCGAUGCCUUUGAAGGGGCGACUCCUCGGGGACUGGUGACCUUCACCAAUGUGGUGGCCACAGUGGCCCCCACUGCCCCCCGACGCCUGGUCCUCGCCUGUCACUACGACACCAAGGUCUUGCCCCCUGAUACCAGCCAGCGACUCUUUUUGGGGGCCACCGAUUCGGCUGUGCCCUGCGCCAUCCUCCUGGAGCUGGCAGCUGCCCUCGACCGGCCCCUGCAGCGUGCCAAGGACAGGGGCCUCGAGGUGACGCUGCAGCUGCUCUUCCUGGACGGGGAGGAAGCCUUUGGGGACUGGAGCGACACGGACUCCCUCUAUGGUGCCCGGCACCUGGCAGCACGUAUGGCCACCACCCCGCACGGGCCCCACGACACACAGAUCACUGCCAUGAGCUUGCUGGUGUUGCUGGACCUGCUGGGCGCCCGGCACCCCGCCAUCCACAGCCACUUCCCCCGCACCCACCACUGGUUCCUGCGCCUCGUCGCCAUCGCGGCUGCGGCGACUGGGGCUGCUGCACACCCCCCCCCAGGACCAGCCCUUCUUCCGCCUCAGCCCAGCCCCAGGACCUGUCGAGGAUGACCACGUCCCCUUCCUCCAGCGAGGUGUCCCUGUUCUGCACCUCAUCCCCACGCCCUUCCCGCCUGUGUGGCACACCCUCGAGGACACUGUGGAGAACCUGCACCCUCCCACCAUGGAGGACCUGUCCAAGAUCCUGGUUGCCUUCGUGGCUGAGUUCCUGCAGCUCUGAGCCCCACUGUCACCCCCCCAGCGGCCUCCAGCCAAGGACAGCCUGGGGGGGGGGCAGCAGCCCUGGAAGCCACCAGUAAAGUGCUUAGUGACCAA